AUGAGACGGAGGAAAAGCAGCGCGCAGAUGUCAUAUGAUCUCUGCGGCAUCCCCGCACUGUUGCAAAUUCAGCUGAGCAUUGCUGGGUUUAUUUUCAGUUUGUUGUUUUUGAUUGCAUGACUGGCACCUUCUCUUCUCACAUAAACUCUGGCUACCCUUCCCUCACAUGGAACUGGUUUUGCAACGGGAGGUACGGCAAUGCUCCACCGUGGCAAUGAACUGACCACAUCAGUUACUAAAGUCCGGUGCUCUAGGAACCACUGUGCCUGGGAGAACUUAAAUGGGCAAUAAAACUGUGACAUUCAUUCAAGGCUUAGUGCAGCCAUAACUACAGAUUAACGUGCUGGCUACUUCAUCUUCAUUCUGUCAUCUCUCUGCUGCUUUAUGGGGAAAGCAGGCUGACAUGGUUAUUAAAUCUGGCAGCUGUGUUGUAUGCACAUGGGAAGCAAGUAGAGCACAGCAUAUAGAAUAUUAGUAGCUUUCAGAUAACAGCCUUCUUUUCACUGCUGUGAGGCUUGAAAGGCAGCCUCAAAAGCUCUUUCUCUUCUUUGUAAUCACCAUUUGCUGGAUCUGUUCGGAAAUACCACAAAUACAGUUGCAAAUCAGUGUGCAGGGUAGAAGGGAACAGGACCCAUAUGUCAGUGGUCUAGGAUGGCCAGUGAAGGCUCCAGUAUCCCAAGUCCCGUGGUCCGUCAGAUCGACAAGCAGUUUCUGAUUUGCAGCAUAUGCCUGGACCGCUACAAGAACCCCAAAGUGCUUCCUUGCCUGCACACUUUCUGUGAGAGGUGCUUACAGAAUUACAUUCCAGCCCAUAGCUUAACCCUUUCCUGCCCGGUGUGCCGCCAGACCUCCAUUCUACCAGAGAAAGGGGUUUCUGCACUCCAGAACAACUUCUUUAUCACCAACCUGAUGGAUGUCCUGCAACGAACGCCGGACAACAGCAUUGAAGAGUCCUCCAUCUUGGAGACUGUCACUGCUGUUGCUGCAGGCAAACCGCUCUCCUGUCCCAAUCAUGAUGGAAAUGUGAUGGAGUUUUACUGCCAGUCCUGCGAGACAGCCAUGUGCCGAGAGUGUACAGAGGGAGAACAUGCAGAGCAUCCCACAGUACCACUCAAGGAUGUGGUGGAGCAACACAAGGCUUCUCUCCAAGUCCAAUUAGAUGCUGUCAACAAAAGGCUUCCAGAGAUCGACUCAGCACUUCAUUUUAUAUCUGAAAUCAUACACCAGUUAACCAACCAAAAGGCUAGCAUUGUAGAUGACAUUCAUUCCACUUUUGAUGAACUCCAGAAGACUUUAAAUGUGCGAAAGAGCGUGCUGCUUAUGGAACUGGAAGUGAAUUAUGGCCUUAAACACAAAGUCCUCCAGACACAGCUGGAUACCUUACUUGAAGGACAAGAAAGCAUUAAAAGUUGCAGCAACUUUACAGCCCAAGCUCUCAACCAUGGCACUGAAACUGAAGUUCUGCUGGUGAAGAAGCAAAUGAGUGACAAGCUGAAUGAACUGGCUGAGCGGGACUUCCCAUUGCAGCCUCGUGAAAAUGAUCAGUUGGACUUCAUAGUGGAAACAGAAGGCCUGAAGAAAUCAAUUCACAAUCUGGGUACUAUUUUAACCACCAAUGCUGUCGCCUCUGAAACAGUUGCCACAGGUGAGGGACUGAGGCAGACAGUGAUCGGACAGCCCAUGUCGGUUACCAUCACAACUAAGGACAAAGAUGGGGAGCUCUGUAAAUCUGGGAAUGCUUACCUCACUGCUGAGCUGAGCACACCUGAUGGCAGUGUAGCAGAUGGAGAAAUACUUGACAAUAAAAAUGGCACUUAUGAAUUUUUGUAUACUGUUCAGAAAGAAGGGGACUUCACUUUGUCACUGAGACUUUAUGAUCAACAUAUCAAGGGCAGCCCAUUCAAACUGAAAGUGGUCAGAUCAGCAGAUGUGUCUCCUACUACUGAAGGUGUGAAGAGGCGUGUUAAAUCUCCUGGCAGUGGUCAUGUGAAGCAGAAAGCUGUGAAAAGACCUGCGAGCAUGUACAGCACUGGCAAAAGAAAAGAGAAUCCCAUUGAAGAUGAUUUGAUCUUCAGAGUAGGCACCAAAGGAAGAAACAAAGGGGAAUUUACAAAUCUUCAAGGUGUAGCUGCAUCUACAAAUGGAAAAGUAUUGAUAGCAGACAGUAACAACCAGUGUGUGCAGAUAUUUUCCAAUGAUGGCCAGUUCAAAAGCCGUUUUGGCAUACGAGGAAGAUCUCCCGGCCAGUUGCAGAGGCCAACAGGAGUGGCUGUGCAUCCAAGUGGUGACAUCAUUAUUGCAGAUUAUGAUAACAAAUGGGUUAGCAUAUUCUCAUCAGAUGGAAAAUUUAAGGCCAAAAUUGGAUCUGGAAAGCUCAUGGGCCCUAAAGGUGUUUCUGUGGAUCGUAAUGGACACAUAAUUGUAGUGGACAAUAAAGCAUGCUGUGUCUUCAUCUUCCAGCCAAAUGGGAAAAUAGUCACCAGGUUCGGUAGUCGAGGAAAUGGUGACAAGCAGUUUGCAGGUACACUUGAUGGUCCUCAUUUUGCAGCUGUAAACAGCAACAAUGAAAUUAUUGUUACAGAUUUUCAUAACCAUUCUGUCAAGGUAUUUAAUCAGGAGGGAGAAUUCUUACUGAAGUUUGGAUCGAACGGAGAAGGAAAUGGACAAUUUAAUGCACCAACUGGAGUAGCUGUAGAUUCUAAUGGAAAUAUUAUCGUAGCAGAUUGGGGAAACAGCCGGAUACAGGUUUUUGAUGGAAGUGGAUCAUUUUUAUCCUACAUUAACACCUCUGCUGACCCACUUUAUGGUCCCCAAGGUCUGGCCCUUACUUCUGAUGGCCAUGUUGUAGUUGCAGACUCUGGAAAUCACUGCUUCAAGGUCUACCGAUACUUACAGUAGCCAUGAGCUCUGGAGCUGGCUAAUUGUCCACCCUUAAGAAAAGACUGAUCCUAGAGAUCCAAUGCAGGAUAUCUCCCACUUUGAGUUCAUUUUUAAUA